ACGAUAACAUCCACGGAGUGGCGUGACCCCACCUUCCUCUUCUGUCCUACAUCCUGGUGCAUUCGGAGAUUUCAUGAAAGCUCGUUUCCCACGGCAACAUGUGGACCGCUGGCCUUGCUCUGCUGGACGCCCUCAUGAGCGCCAGACGGGGUGGAGUGAUUCCCGUGUGAAUCUGAGACUCGUACCUGCGCAUAGAGACGUCCCACCGCUGGUGCCCCCCCCAUCCAUGCUCUAGUGCUCUUGGGCCAUGGUUCGUAAGAAAGGCUCCCUCAUACUCUGUGGUGCUUUCCUCUUCGUGGCCUGGAACGCGCUGCUGCUGCUCUACCUGUGGGGCCGGCCCCCCCUGGGCCGCCUCGGGGAGGGCGGGGGGGCCGAGCCCGGGGGGAAGGAGGAGUGGGGCGGGGGGAAGGCGGGCCAGGCCAACCUGGCCGGGGAGGUGAUCCGGCUGGCGGAGGAGGUGGAGGUCCAGCUGGAGACCCAGAAGAAGCUGCUGAAGCAGAUCGAGGACAACCGCGCAGCGUGGGCGCACCGCAAGGACGGGAAGAGAGAGAUGGCCUACGUCAAAGAGGGCAAAGAGGCGGCCGUCCAGCCGCCGCCCAGAACUCCGGGUCCUCCCGGGAACCGUGAGGUCCAGGACCAAACGGCCCUAAAACAAACCCAGAUCCUGGUCCAGACCGGAGGUCCAGGGGGGAAUUUGGGGGAGCCCCGAGAGAACGGCAGCAACGCUAGGACGACGACGCUCCUCCCUCCCCAGGAGCCCGUCAUCCCCAUCCUGGUGAUCGCCUGCGACCGAGUCACGGUGAAGCGGAGUCUGGACCGGCUGAUCCAGUACCGGCCCUCCCCAGAACUCUACCCCAUCAUCGUCAGCCAGGACUGCGGCCACGCCGAGACGGCCCGCGUGAUCGGGGCCUACGGAGACCAGGUGAUGCACCUGCGGCAGCCGGACCUGGCCGACAUCCGCGUCCGGCCGGAGCACCGCAAGUUCCAGGGCUACUACAAGAUCUCCAGGCACUACCGCUGGGCCCUGAACCAGGUGUUCCACACGCUGGGCCGGGCCACCGUGGUGGUGGUGGAGGACGACCUGGAGGUGGCGCCGGACUUCUUCGAGUACUUCCGGGCGCUGUACCCGAUCCUGCGCGCAGACCCGAACCUGUGGUGCAUCUCGGCGUGGAACGACAACGGCCGCGACGCCCUGGUGGACCCGGCCAAGGCGGAGCUCCUAUACCGGACGGACUUCUUCCCGGGUCUGGGCUGGAUGCUGCUGCGGGAGCUCUGGGACGAGCUGGAGCCCAAGUGGCCCACCGCCUUCUGGGACGACUGGAUGCGGCAGCCGGAGCAGCGCAGGGGCCGCUCCUGCGUGCGGCCCGAGAUCUCGCGGACCAUCACGUUCGGCCGCAAAGGCGUCAGUCUGGGCCAGUUCUUCGAUCAGUACCUCCGCUAUAUUAAACUCAACACCGAGUUUGUGCCUUUUACCAAACACGACUUAUCGUAUUUGCUGAAGGAGAAGUACGACGACAUGUUCAUUAAGGAGGUUUACGGAGCGCCGUUGGUGAAGAUAGAGGAGCUGCAGCAGAGGGGGACGCUGAAGGGGCCCGGCCCGUUCAGGGUGCAGUACUCCAGCCGGGACAGCUUCAAAGUGUUCGCCCGGAACCUGGGGGUCAUGGACGACCUCAAGUCUGGGGUCCCUCGCACCGGCUAUAGGGGAGUAGUCAGCUUCCUGCACCGGGGCCGGAGGGUGUUCCUGGCCCCCCUGGAGGGCUGGACGCAGUACGACCCCAGCUGGAGCUGAAGGAUCCGGACCGGGAGUCCAGACAGGUUGGCGCCGAUGAAGAGGCGCGGCCUCUGAGACCAAAGAAUGACCGACACGAAGGCAUGGGUUCAAAAUACCCAAAAACCAGUGUUUGACAACAGCUUCUGGCGAUGUGCCUUCCUUUCUGGACCUUUUUUCUUUUCGUUCUUUUUUUAAUUAAGACUUGAGAUGACAGCGAGUCCAUUUCAGCAGCUGCAGGCCUAACCCGACGGCAGAGGCUGCUCAGAGUUAACCAUGUAACUGAUUCUGUGACAACCAAAAACAACCCAAGGUUUUGUGAUUCCAAACCAGAAAAAGCUGGGAUGUCUAGGAAAAUGCAGAUAAAGAAAUGCGGCCCUUCUUAAAAUGUCUUUCUUUGACUGUCAUCUUAUUACAGACAGUAAUAAUGUAGGAUUUUGUUUUCUUCUUGAUAACUUCAUUUAAUUUGUCAAUGUAUAUCUACUUUAGCCUGACAGACCUGCAACACAUCCCAAACAAGGUGAGGACAUCCCAAAAAGUUACAUUCCCGGGACCAUUUCUGUCUUUUGAGGACCCUAGUUAAUCGUCUUCUUAGGAGGAGGGUUAGGGGGUUCGGGGAUUUGUAAGGGAAGUUGAGCUAGCACAGUAAACCUAGCUGGUUAGCAGACGUUUUACUGACACUACAACAAUGUGUUCAGGCCCAUUUGAGAAACAUUUCCCAGUGGGGGGGAACUCAGCUGUUAUGACUAUAAACUGACACAUUUUUGAUAGAAAAACAUGGACAUUUUGACUUAAACUUGAAAUUAAUUUUUUUUAAUUAAAAUUCUGACUACUUACUUGCCUGAUAAAAUUAAUUUUGUAACUUAAUCAACUCAAAAGAAUUUAAGGGGCAACCCAGUAACUUUUGUUUAGGUUUUUUUUUUAUUUCCACAGAAACUACCUAAUUGCCAGAGAAAAUUUAAAUUAAAAACAGGAGAAUAACGGGGGCUCUAGACAUCUGUAUGAUCUAUAAAGACAGAAAUAACUCAACUAUUCCGUCUCAUAACAUUUAAAAGGGAGUUCUUGCUUUACGGAUAUGAAGUUUCAGAUGUUUUUUCUCUCCUGUCAUUUUUUUUCUUUUCAGCAUAUGUCAAGUUGUUCCAAUAUAAAAAAACCUGGAAUACUAAUUGGUAACGUAAAUCAGAGCGUCAUCAGCAUAUAAACUGACAUGCUGAGUUGGAGUGUGUGAUUAAGGAAGCAGUGGUCCUCAUAUGCAGCCUUGUGGUACUCCUCAGUGUGUGAUGGUCCAUCCCAGCUGCUUCCCAGUUCAGAGGGAUAAUUAUUUUUUUUACCUCCUUAUUAGCACCAAAUACCAAAGGUUUUGAUUAAUGUGUUGCAGGGAUGAAAUGUAGAAAAAUGGGACAUAUCUUGAAAAAUUUAAGAUUUUUUAUUAUUUUUUUUACAUUUUCUUGAUUUUCCCAACUUUUUCUGGUUCGUGGUUGUAGGUGGUAAAUUAAUCAUUGUUUUUUUUGUUGGUUUGCUCGAUGAAAUUAUGAUGAAGAUGAUCUGAUUUUCAUCACAGUGGUGCAGACUUGCAGUUGAAGGUUGAUCACAGGUUUGAUCUGAAGACGCUGCUGUAAUAAUUCUGCUUCCCGUCUGGAUGAGUGAACUAACGCAGUAGACCGGAGUAAGAA